CUUAGGAGAAGGUGAAACGGUUUCAGCACCAUGGACAGCUCCCCGAAAAGCUCUGCGCUGUUCGCGGUGCUGAAACUGUCGCUUUCUGAAACUGUCAUUCCAACUUUGAAACUUCGAUCCGGCUAACACGUGACACACGUAGUUGAACAGUUUUAAAGCGAGUUAGAUGAGUGAAGAACUGACUUUUCCCAGUCAGAGAUUUCUCCGAAUGUGUCAGUCAGUGGCUCAUCUUUUCCUCUUUCCCUGCCAGUCAUGUCUGCGCAUUCCGUGUGGGUGCGCCAGCGGCGAGUUUUGCGCGCGGAGGGGAGGACGCGCGCACGCAAGUUCAGAUCGAAUGGGGUGACAGUGGAAGAUAGCGCCAGAGAAAACCCCCGUGAUCGAAUGACACUCGUGAUUAUUUGCUUGCACUCCACGCCCAGCGUUCCUGCUUCAACGCGUCAAGAAAAGUGAAGAAGCUCCAGCUGCCGUGGUGACAGAUGAGGCAAACGGCGGAAUGGACGGCGUUGCUGCUCCUCUUGGCUCUCAACGCGCGAGACUGCUUCUCGUCCAAAGCAGAGGACCGGCUUUUCAGGAAGCUCUUCCGACGCUACAACCAGUUCAUCAGACCCGUGGAGAACGUCUCUGAUCCCGUCACUGUGGAGUUUGAAGUGUCCAUCUCACAGCUGGUUAAAGUGGAUGAGGUGAAUCAAAUCAUGGAAACAAACUUAUGGCUCAGACAUAUUUGGAACGACUACAAGCUGCGCUGGACACCAGCAGAGUUCGAUGGAAUCGAAUUCAUUAGAGUCCCUUCAAAUAAGAUUUGGAGACCUGACAUUGUUCUCUACAACAACGCCGUUGGGGACUUUCUGGUGGAAGAUAAGACCAAAGCUUUGCUGAAGUUUGAUGGCACCAUUACCUGGGUUCCUCCUGCCAUUUUCAAAUCGUCCUGCCCAAUGGACAUCACCUACUUCCCCUUUGACUACCAGAACUGCUCCAUGAAGUUCGGCUCGUGGACCUAUGACAAAGCCAAGAUUGAUCUGGUGCUGAUUGGAUCCAAGGUGAAUCUGAAAGACUUUUGGGAAAGUGGCGAGUGGGAAAUCAUUGAUGCUCCCGGCUAUAAGCACGACAUCAAGUAUAACUGCUGUGAGGAGAUCUACCCGGACAUCACCUACUCCUUCUACAUCCGCCGCCUGCCUCUCUUCUACACCAUCAAUCUCAUUAUCCCCUGCCUCCUCAUCUCUUUCCUCACAGUGCUGGUUUUCUAUCUCCCCUCUGACUGUGGAGAGAAGGUCACGCUCUGUAUCUCCGUCCUGCUCUCCCUCACUGUGUUCCUACUCGUUAUCACCGAGACCAUUCCCUCCACUUCCCUGGUGAUUCCACUCAUUGGAGAGUACCUGCUCUUCACAAUGAUCUUCGUCACUCUCAGCAUCGUCAUCACCGUGUUUGUUCUGAACGUGCACUACCGCACGCCCAUGACCCACACCAUGCCCGGCUGGGUGCACUUGGUGUUCCUCAAAGUCCUACCCAGGAUCAUGCUGAUGCGGAGACCGACUGAUGAAGAUGGCAAGGCGGGGGGGUUGGACACCAGUGGGGAAGCAGGAGGAGCUGGAGGAGGGGGAGGAGGAGGAGGAGGAGGAGGAGGAAAAGGAGGAAAGAGGCCAAAAAAUAGCUUGAUGCAGCAGGUUGGAGGAGGGUCCCUCAACUGUCUGGAAUAUGGAGACUGCAAACUCUCAUCCAUGGAUGGCUGUGGCGCAAAGAAGUGUCCCUGCCCUUGCCAACAUGGGAGAGAAACCCCAGAAACAGCAGCAAGCGUGCGGAUGAAACAUCAGCUGAGUCAGCAGAGCAUUAACACGGUGGUGGCCUUCUCCGUGGUUUCUCCGGAGGUCAAACAGGCCAUAGAGAGCGUCAAGUACAUCGCUGAAAACAUGAGGAGCAGGAACAAAGCCAAGGAGGUGGAAGAUGACUGGAAGUACGUUGCCAUGGUGAUUGACAGAAUCUUCCUCUGGGUGUUUGUGACCGUCUGCCUCCUGGGAACCAUGGGACUUUUCCUGCAGCCGCUGAUCAGCUUCCUUUCAUAAUGACUAACCUGUAACUCACAAACUCUUGAUUAACAAGGUGAAAGGUUUCGUUGUGCUGAUUCUGCCCUGAGGCGAUGUGGCUUAACUGAGAAUAAAAAAAGAGCUUUGAUUUUAAAUAGAAAAAAAAACAACAAUUUGUUUUUAAAAGAAACCACUUAAAGUCUACCAAGUGAAGGUGCUACAGUCAGUGUUUACAUGAUCUUUGGAGAAGGUAGAGGAUGGUGGGUUCUGAAAGCAUUUCUCCUUGGAUGGUUUGCUGAAUUUUGGUGAACCAAGACCUCGCCUGCAUAGCUAGACUCAAAGUAAAGGUGCUUGGGGUGCAGUGAAAACGAGUCAAGGGAAGCCAGAAGAAAGACGUGUGUCUAUAUGUACGGUACUUCCAAUCAAACUUGGUUGAAAGCAGAGGUGGAGUUACGGAGGGGCAAGGGUCUUUCACUCUGCUGUUCUCGUUUGCCACCCUUAAAAACUCUUUUGCCCCCCUCCUACCCUCCCAUAACAAAUGUUCUAGCUCCGCCCACUGAUUCAAAGUUAAACUACCUUCUGAGGAACAUGGCCUGUGUCUCAAUUAUCAAAACAUUGUAUCUGUUUUUGUUUUUUUUUGCAAAUGAAUUUGGGUUUCUCUUUAAACCAAAUGUCCCUUAAUUGUAGUCAGGAGCAGCUGAAUAAAUAUUUUUAAUAAAGAGUUUUUAACAUGAAAAAUGUCAGUGACAUGUAAAGGACUUGCUGUUACCUCUGCAUGGAUCAAAACCCUUUUUUUACAGUUGAGUGUGGUAAACCAGGGAACCAGAUUCUUGCAAAAAGAGAAUUAAGGGGGGAAAGGAACGAGUGAAUUGUUUAAAAGGAUUUAGAAAGGUUCAGUCUGUAUUGGUACUCACUAAAAGAAUUCAUAUCAACUUUAAAGACCCACUCAAAUCAUCUUUUGAUCUAUUUUCAAAGCGUUCCCAGUGGUCUUUAAACUAUAAGUAUGUUGUUUUAGCCAAAAUCUAAAAACCUGUGUGGUUUUCUAUGACAUAGUUUCUGCAGAGCGACAGGCGUCAUCAGAAAUUCCCCUCCGAGUUGAGGGCGGGAUGAUUGGCCAAACCUGCCCCCCACCUUCCCCAUUACUGAGAAAUCUCUGUUUACUUGCUCUCCCACUAGCUUACAGCCCCUCACAACCUCAACCUAACAUUAGCCGUGUAACAAAAAUGCUGAGCAAUAUCAGAGCUAUCCAGCUGUACAGUUCUGA